AUAAAAUUUGUUGGCUCCAAGGUCAUAAAUAUCUCAUUUUUACACGUCCUACGUGUUUUUUAUUGUAUUAUUUUAUCUACUAUAACGAUACAGAUUGAAGUCAGCUCGGUUGCCGUUGUCUUUGCUGCAUUUUCUGCUUCAUUUUCUGCCGUUGAAACGUCGUCUAUUCCUGCUCUAGAGUUUCAGCGGAGCUGCUGUGUGUGUGUGCGAGUGUGUCUCGUGUCUCUGUUUGUGUGUCUCUCCCCGUAUGUGUGUCAAUGUAUGUGUGUGUGCUUGCGCGUGUGUAUGUGUGUGUGCGUGCGUUCGUAGCCACUGCCGUGCGCUCCAGGCUUAUGGUAAUUGCGGUCUCCCGACUGGCCUUCUGGGUAGAGUCUGCGCGAGUGGGAGUGGAGCGAGUCUGUGGGUCUGGUCGACAGCAGCAGCGGCAGCAGCAGCAGUAUCGUUGUUCAUCCAUUCUGCUCGACACUCCCCGCACAGCUCCUCGCGGCGCGUCCUCAUCGCGCUCCGAUCUUUCGUUCUCAUUUUACGCACGACAAACGAGACGCGGGACGCAGACCUACGUGGAUUAACCUCCACAGAACCUUCCCACACACGGAUUCCGGCGUCCUAGACGACAUGGAGUGACGGAGAGCCAGAGAAGGAGGCUUUUUCCGAGGACGGCGUGCUCCGCUCAGACCCCAACAUGGCGCUGCCGUCGCUGCUGCCGCGGCUUCAGCUGCUGCUGCGAGGCACAGCCGAGCUGAACUGAGGUUCUCCGGGAGUCCUCACUCCGCGACACCUGUAUCCUCCGGGGAGCUCCGGGCUCUGGAUCUCCUCACUGUGUCUCCGUUUUAAAGGAUUUGUGGAUUUGUCUGACGUUGACUUUUCCGCGCAGGAUCUUUUUUUUUUUGUCGCUUCAUGGAAACCCAAGUGACAUUUGCAGCAGCGAAAAGUCCGUUUGAAUUCUUUUUACUCCUGGAUCAGAGUUGGCAGUGAAGACAGACAAAUAAAGAAAAAUCGAUUUUUUUAAAUUUAUGAACAUACUUUUUGUUUUCCCUGACAAGUGGAUAACCUGUGAGACACUUUUAUUUUUUUCUUCUCCUUCUCCGGCCGGGAUCCUCCGCAUCCAGCAGACAGGACCGUCGUCUACACACACGCACACACACACACGCACGCACGCACGGCACACGGAGGGACCGCUGCACUGCUGUAGCUCAACUUGAACAAAACAGGAAAAAGGCGUGAGUUGGAAGUGGAACAAGCGCCAAUUAACCAGGGCAACAUCUGUUCGUGAUGUCGAUGCUGAGACACAAACAAACCUGGAACUAAGACAAGGGAACCACAUCACACAAAACAUGGUGGAUGCAAGGUUGACGCCCCUGGCAGCAAUGGGGCUUGACCGAGGCACACUCAUGCAUGAUAGCUUACGCCUUCAUGGAGGGGUCGUUUACCCAGGGAUCACAGCGCUGCCUGCGGAGAAGAGCAGGGAGGCCCCUGCCCUCCCUCUCACAUAUAACAGAGAUGGCCUCCCAGAGCUAAUCUAUAAGCCUGAUGUCCCUCUAGACAGCCGUAAGCCUGCUAAUGGAUUCCUAGGCCUGUACAAGGGCACCCCUCCUGGUCUCCACAAACCUGUGCUGAUGCCUGGAACUGGAGCCGAAGGUCUAGGCUUGGAACGCAGAGUAGGACCUGGAGAAAAGGGUUCAGAGCUAGGGUUGGCAGGAGCUGGUGGCAGCUAUCUCCGCCUACCAUGGCUCAGCCCGUACUCUGAAGCUAGCAUGUAUCACUUUAUGGACACAUCUAAGUAUGCAGCUCUUAAUAUGUAUAAAGCCUCCUUGCUUAGCCAGCCCAACCCCUAUCUUCCCCAGCACCUGGCCUAUUCUUCUAUGUGUGCAGCUCAAGGGGGGAAUGUUAACCCUGCUGCAUCUGCUGCUGAAAGGCUUUACUAUAUUCCUCCCUAUCCUGCAUCUCCCAUUUCUUCUCCCCUGGUACCACCACCUAUGAGGAUUCCUGCAGUUACAGUGGCACCGACGUCACUGGUACAGUGCCAGGACAAGGGGAUGGGUGUUCCAGCUGCAUAUGCAACACAACUCCACCAACAUUCUCCUCACCCUCAACACCAUCAGGCUACUAUUGACAGAGACAGAUCGCCAAGCAGAGGAAGUAGACCAAGUAGGCCUCCCUCUAGGAAGAGUGUAAACAACAACAAUAGUUUAAGCACUAGUGGCACCAGUGGUGGCAAUAAUAACCUGACUCCUGAGCUGUCCCUUUCAUCUUCUCGCCUGUCUCAGCCUCCUCCUUCUCCUGCUCACCUUGAAAGUUCUGUAGACAUACAAAGGCCAGUUGCCAGAAUAGGACAGCUUCCAACCUCCUCCACCUCUUCAGUAUCUGCUUCAUCUUCAGCCAUACAGUCCAUUCCUCACCCAUUCUCUGUGAGCUGUAUAGCAUCAGAGCAGCAUUCCCCUGCCCGACCCAGCCCGCAGAAACCCAGGUCUAGAGAUGGGGCAACUGAGCACAGAGGUGUAGGAGUUGAGAGGAGACCCAGCAGGUCACCCUCCAAACCUAAUUUUGAGAGGCAACCUCACCAACCCAAUGCAGCCAAAGACUCUGCUGAGAAACCUUUAGAUUUGUCAGGAAGGAUACUUGAGUUUGGACUGCCUCACAAUGGUUUCCAAGUGAAAAUAGACACUAUGACACCAAACGCACGUUACGGUCUACCCCCUAGCCGAGAACACCUCAAAGAAAACAUGACCCUUCCCCCUUCCUCCCUUUCUCACUCUGUGGUCAGCAGCACUUCUUCAAAGGUCUCUGAUAGGCCAGAGAUGAUUAGCACUUUACACUCCUCCUGGGUUGUACCUAGCCCCUCUCCUUCCCAUUCUCAGCACACCACUGGCCUGCCCUCCUCUCCAAGAUCUAACGUAGACAUUGGCCUAUCCCAAACAAAAGGUUCAUCACCAUCUGUAAUCAAACACAAAGGUUUAGAGAGAGGACAUCCACAGCAACGUAGCCAAUCCUGUCCAAGAACUGGAGAAUCCAACCACAAGCUAUCCUCUACUCAACACUCUGUUUCUUCUUUGGCUGGUAACAGGGCUACUUCUCCUAAACCCAAUGGGGAGUGGGUGAAACACAGCCCCAGCCAAUCAGAACAUCCAGCUUCAGCUGUGGGUCACAACCGAGAAUGUACAGAAAAAUCCUCCGCAAUUUCUAAAAGGGGUGAAUCGACGUUAGAUGUGCCGUCAUACAAGAGGCCCUGUGUAGAGAAUGGUCACCAGUCUGGACACUUGUACCUGCCUCAAAGUGAUGCUUACCUAAACCACAGUUUGGCUUAUGCUAAUAGAUUUCUGCACUACCCAAUGCCUGAUGGUAUGACACUACACUCCCUACCAAUUGCAGGGAAAGGACCAGUUUACCCUCAUCAGGUGUUGCUUGGUAACACCAACCUUUACCCACCCCAUCUUACUGGAAAACAUCCUUUACCCUAUCACAACCUUCCACCUGGCCCAGCUGGGGAGUACCUGGCUUAUAACUCACAGGAAAUGGCCCAUCCUCUGAUGCCCACUCACCCAGAAAAGCAUUCAGGAGUAAGAGAUGCAAAUUUAAGGGCACACGGACAGGAGCAGUCACAAGGUGGUGUUGAAGAACAUGGGGUUCACAGAGAUCAUAAUAUAGUGAAGGAGAUAAGUGAAGAAAGUCAAACAAAGCAGGCACGCGAUGCAGGCCAAGGACAGAGUUGCAGUCAAAGCAAAGCGGCUUCUUUCGCUGUUCAAUCCAGAGAAAAGAUUGUAUGCAUUGACCUUGUGCACUCAGACACAGAUGUUGAGACUACCCCACCGAUCCAAAAACAACCUCCUAGUGAGCCCAGCACCAAGGUGAACCAAAAAGACAGUUGUCUUGAUAAUCAAAAUCUGUCAAAAAACGCCUAUGAGCCAAAACCCCAAAACAAUCUCUACCAUUCUUAUCAAAGCCAUCCAUCUAACCACACUGAUAAACAGACAGAACUGUCUUUUGGAAAGCCAAAGGCUUCUCAAGGUGCAGACUGUCAUGGGGUGACGUCUAGCCCACCCUCCACACCUCCUGGGCAGAUUAAUGUGGCAGAGGAGAGCAUGGAUGAACAAAGUCCAAGCCCAGAACCUGAAGACCAAGACCAGAGCACCUUGCGCUGUGCCCGCACAUCUGGGGAGCGCAGCGCCGGUAAGGAAAAGGGGGACAGGGACAACAGGGCUCACUAUGUCAGUCAGCACUGCACAGACGUGGAAAAGGACACAGAGCACGAAAAGCAGUACGACACUGAAAAGGAAGACAGCAUCGUUGACCUUGGAGAGUCGCACGGAGAAGGGGAUGAGGAGGACGAAGACGAUAGCCACGCCUCAUCAAAAGGCUGCCGCAGAUCUAGUCUGGCUAAGAGGAUUGCCAACUCCUCAGGCUACGUUGGCGACCGCUUUAAAUGUGUCACCACUGAGCUAUAUGCUGACUCCAGCAAGUUGAGCCGCGAACAGAGAGCGCUUCAGAUGGAAGUCAUAUCACGAGAGGGCAGUAUUAUAAGUCAACCUGCAGCUAACUGGGAGCGAGCAAUGAUGCGGUUCUCGGAGCUGGAGCUGAAGGAGAAGGAGGGCGGCGGUGUGUGUGUGUCGGCCCCAGCAGCAGGAAGGGAGCUGGCAGACAGCCAGCGCAGAGAGCGAGCGUUGGAGCACUGCCAACACGCCACCAGGCAGGGAGAAAGGGAGGGUGUUCGGCCUGUGUUCACCAAUAACAGAGUUCCAGUCCUCCAGAGGUGUGGAGGUCAAAGGGAGGCUCUGUCCCCAGUGCAGGGCCCCCUCGACGGGUCUCGAACUACCAGCCACGGAGGUCUAAAGGAUGGAGUCAAGAGGCCAGGGAAGGAGUCUGACGGAGGCCACUGCAUGCCACCGAUUCUGACACCAGUGAAACCCUAUGCUGACGAGAAAUCCACUCCUGGUUUUGGACCUCUAAGGAAACGUUCAAACGUCAAAGCUGAGCCGGAGAUCGCAGAGAAAGAGGAAGCAGAGCGGAGCUUCCAUCCGGAAAAAAGACCCAAGAUUUGUAUGGAUGAACAGGCCAGCCUUGUCGAAGAUGAAGACGACGAGGUGCGAAAGCUCAAGGUCUGCAUUGAGCUGAAGGGACUGCGUCUCAGCAAGCCAUCGUCAGGUGCUGCCUCACCUGACAGAUCCCACAUAAAACAGGAGAGAAUGUGGCCCCAGUCCAGAUUAGUCGCUCAGGCCCAGAGCUUACGGGAUCGCAAGAUCAGGCCGGGAGAGCAUGAAGAGCGAGCAGCGGCGGCGGCGCAGAGAGCUGAGAUCAACAGGAAGUGGGUCAGCGAGAAGCUACUUAAUGGAGUAGCUUCACCUCCUCUUCCCCCCAGCCAGCUGAAGGACAGAGCCUACCCACUGGAUCCUUUCUCAUGUGACCGUGGCCUCAAGGAGCCCAGAAGGGUCUCCUCCUCGCCGGCCCCAGAGCCACCUUUGGGAGGUGCCCCUCCUCUCAAGAUCCGUCGCCAUAGUGACACUGACAAACCCAAGGGCAAGCGACCCUGCAAGACCAAACACACAGGGCAGAAAGAGCGAGAAAAGGAGAAGAGGAAAGACGGCGCCCCCCACAGCCCCGUUCAGCACUGCGAGGCUGAUCCUGCAGCACUCGAAGAUGACAAGCCGACUGAACAGCACAUCGCUCAGAGGAAGAGAGCUGCUUCUCCUAAUCACUAUCCCUGCUCUCCAGUCAAGCCCUGCUCCCCCGCUGCACUCUGUCCGCCCUUGCUGCAGCCGCAGGUUAACGGCAGAGCAGGCAGUGUCCCACCAGAGGCAGCCGUGGUAGGAGUCCUCCGAACCCCCCCUGCUGAGUCUCCCACAGUGCGUCCAAUCCCACCGGAGGCCCGACGGUUAAUUGUGAACAAGAACGCCGGAGAGACUCUCCUCCAGAGGGCAGCACGGCUGGGCUAUGAGGAGGUGGUGCUGUACUGUCUGGAGAACAGAGUAUGUGAGGUGAAUCACAGAGACUACGCGGGUUACUGUGCUCUUCACGAAGCGUGCGCCCGUGGCUGGCUCAGCAUAGUUCAACACCUGCUGGAUUAUGGCGCCGACAUCAAUUGUAGCGCACAGGAUGGGACCAGACCCAUUCACGAUGCUGUGGAAAACGACCACCUUGAUGUAGUGAGAGUCCUGCUCUCCUACGGUGCCGACCCGACUCUGGCCACAUACUCUGGCCGUGGCCUCCUCAAGAUGACCCACAGUGACAGCAUGGAGCGCUUCCUGACUGAUUAUUUUGCUGACCUUCAGGGACGCUCAGAUGACGACCCAGGGCUUUACUGGGAAUUCUACGGCAGCGCUGUGUGUGAGUCAUAUGAAGAAGGCAGGAUCUAUGACAUACUGGCUGACCCUCCAGGCCCCGAUGACGAGGAUGAGGACGACAAGAGGGAGGUGUUUGAGUUUGAGUUCUCGGACCGACCUUUGCUGCCUUGCUACAACAUCCAAGUGUCCCUUUCCCAAGGUCCGAGGAACUGGCUCCUUCUGUCUGACGUGCUUCGCCGGCUGAGAAUGUCUGCUCGUGGUUUCCGACAGGCAUUCCCCCACAUGGAGGUGGUGACGGUGGCAGAGGCAGAGUUUUACCAGCAAGCCUCUCUGUCUCAGCUCUUCUCCUGCCCUGAGGAGCUGGAGGGCUUCCAUCCGGACAGCAAGGAGCUCUUAGACCUAGUGGAGGACAGUGCCGAGCUGGCCGCCCUGCUGGGCUCCACACUGGAGUGUCUAGACGACCGCUGGGACCACCCAGGGGACAAACUGAAGGACAAAAUUAAGGCUGCUGCGAAGCUGGGCUCAUCCUGACCCCUCGGGGAAACUAAAACUGGACUUUAAUCUUUACUGACUUUGCUUUAAAUCCACCCAGGGGUCAUGAUGAUAUGCCUUAGCCUGACUAUUAGCUCCUGCGCUCUGGUCCUGCCCUGAACGAGCACUGGUGCACUUGUACUGAUGGAUUGACCUGCUGGCUGAAUGGGCUGCUCAGAUAUUUCCCUCCAUUAAGCGAGGAUCAAUAAACGUGUGACUGAGUUAGACUUAAUAAUGGUCUUAUUUUUAUAAAUUAAUAUAUGUAUAACUGAAUAAUUCUAUAUGGAUAUCUAGAUUUGUUUCUUUCAAAAGUUGCCCCCGACACCUCUGAAAGAUUUUUCUAAAAAACAACGGAGUGCUGUUGGCCUGUGUGGGCACACUGCACAUUGUUCAUGUGUAUCUGUACAGGAUAGUACUCCGACUGUGCUAUUGAGUGUGGUAUUUGUGUUUAUAGGAAGCACAUGAUGUCCUGCUUUUUCCCCCUCUCUCCUCAGACUUCAGCACUGGCUCAAGCCUAAGGGGCUGACCUGUUGUAUCUUUUUGUUGUUUUUUUUUAAAAAUGCUGAGAUGUUGCUUCCUGUUCGGCCUGUAAUUUAACAUGGCAAAACUACAAAAAGUGUUUGUACAAUAAAAGUUUUAAGAUAAUGUUGAUAUUCAUCCUGCGGCACAGAGCUUGUACAUAACAGGGGAAGGCUACUGCAGUAAAGUAAAUUUUUGGUGUGUUCAUUUUUGUUUUAAUUUUGUAAUUAAAAAUAUCUCAUAAUUUGUAUUUAUAUUUUACAAAAGACGUUGCUUUAAAAUAAAUAUACAAACUGCAAGAUGACAA